AUGGCCCAAACGCGUAGAAUUCAGUUUACAACACUCUCAGACAACGGUUCUUUCCAAUCGGUUGUCCAGAAAUCAUCCGCGAAAGAGGAUACAGUCGCCGCUCUGCCCGUCACCAAACAUCAGUUAUCCGCAGAGACCCAAGACACAGCAAGGAUUGAGUUAAUCUUAUUCAUGCCGGACGAUCGUCGCUGCCCUGAGUUCUGCUACCCUGAACUGAUAAAACAAAAGGUAACCUUUCCGAUUUUAAAACAUGGAAAUCAUAAGACUUUGGACGAAUUGGAGGAAGACAAAGAGAGAGACGAAUUGGAGGCUCUGGCAAGAAAGUUUGAGGAGAAAUACGGUGGAGCUAAGACACGCAAAAAGGACAGAUUGCAGGAUUUGGUUGAUUUGGGCUAUGGCUAUGAUGAAACUGAUUCAUUUAUUGACAACUCUGAGGCUUAUGACGAGCUGGUCCCGGCCUCUCUAACCACCAAAUAUGGAGGAUUUUACAUCAACUGCGGCACGUUACAGUUUAGACAGGUUUCUGACGAAGAAGAUGAGAAUGACAAAGAGUGCUUUGAGGAGAACAAAAAACCAAAAAAGCGUAAAAUGAAAGAAAAUGGAGAGAUUCACCCGAACAAAAAGAAGAAGAGGAGAGAUGAUAUCCAGUUUAAGAGUAAUGAUUUAAAGAACAGAGCUUUGCAAGAAAACCCAGAUGAAAAGAUGCCAUUGAAAAAGAAGAAGAAGACAAAAACUAUGAAAGCUCCAGACCUUGCCAACAUGCUUAAGAAAUUUCACAAAGAGAAACUGCAACAGCUCCAGACACUCGCUGAAAAAGGACCAGGGGCGGUCCCGCUCGUGAACCGCGACUGUAUGGAACCCAGUGAGGACACCUCACAAACUAACUUUGAAGGCUCUUCAGUCGACCCACUCCUAACUCUUAUCGCAUCAGCUAAUGACGACGAUCUUGCACAGGCUGCAUCUGUGGCCGAACUAGCCUUCGAUGUAGAUGGACUCUUGGAUGAGCCGCCAAAUGCCAGUGCAUCAGAGCCGGAUGAGAGUGGAGAGCCAAUGGAAGUGGACAAGCCCAAGAUGAACCCUCCACCUUUACCUGAUGGACUGCCUCCUGCUGAGGAUGCACAGCUUCAGGAACUCUGUCUUGAUGUUCACCUGAGAGAGUCGUUACAGAGGCUGAAGAACGCCAUUGGCUCAGUCAUGCCUGAACAGAUAGCUCGUUUCCAUGACAACUGCCAAGCUCACUCUGAGGCCAGGGCUGCUAAGUAAGAAAAAGGGAGGGAGCAAAGAACCUUGGAGGGAUCUGAUGAGGAGGAGGAGGAGAAAAGUGGAAAACGAGUAUUUGGGCCUCGAAAAAGAUUCAGAUGGAAUGAGGAGAUUAGAGACUGUCUCUGUGAGGUUGCGAAACUGAAAAUGGAGGACUAUGAACUCAAAGGGUUCAAGAGCCCAAACAUGGAGGAGUACUUGCGGGCUUUUCUAGAAGCAGAGGUUAAACCACUGUGGCCAAAAGGCUGGAUGCAGUCCAGGAUUCUCCUCAUAGAGAGUCGUAGAAUUCAUAGUCACAUCACUGGCAUUGUAGCCAGGAAAAAAACCAUGAACAUUCGCAAGUCUCAAAAAGGUCCAAACGGGGGAUCUGAGAGGCGCUCUGUCUCCACUGUUCAUCCCCAAACCCUUGCAGCAAACAUCGGAGGUUCUGCUCAGCUUUUAGGCAAGAGCCUCUCCUCUGAUUGGACGUUGCACCAUCCCCUCAGUACAUCUGAGGGUUUGCCUGCCAAUCUCACUUGUCCUAAUGGUGAAAUGAGAGGAGAGCUAUCACUGGAGGCCUUCGGCUCUCUGGCUGAAAACGGACCCUCGACGCAGGCUGCGUUUGAAAACGGCCAGUCCUUUAGAGGCACUGGUAAAGACCUGGAGCCCAGCGCUGACUUGCUGCAGAAGGUGGUAUCUGGUGCCUCCCAGGCAAACCUUAAGUGCCUGUCCCUGCACACUGCUGGAAGCCAGUGUCCCAGCCCUGAUACAACAGCCUCUGUUCUCCAGUCUAAAACCCACCACGGAGGACACCCUGACACGGCUGUACGGAACAAGCUCCUCGGCCUCUGCUCUGACACACAGACAUGCCUGUAUGGAACUCAACAAGCCAGCUCGCAGCAACGAAAAGAGGUGACCACGGAGGCUUCCCUGACCUUACACUCCCUAUCCUCCGCCUCAUGUCUCAGUAUUGGAAAACCUGUGCCUGUCGGUGAUGCCAAAAAGAAGCCCCUCUCCAGCGGCCAAAUGAAGUGCCUGACUAAGGAGCGUAAUGGAGAAGCACCUAUGCUUUCCAGCUCGGCCCACAAACAGACCAGUAACUCUGGACUGGGCUCAGACCUGAAGCCCCACCGUACUGGGGGCAAGAAGGCCCAAAAGUUGACAUUGGUGGCACCGCCAGGAGGUACCCAUGGUGAUGGUGGAUUUGCAGUCCAAGGCGUGGCUAGACUGCUUACCACUUCACUUGGCGAUGCGCCUGUCUCCACGGCAAUGGCAGCUACUGAAGACUCUUGUAGAGAUCUUCCAAAGCCUGCUCUGUCUCUUCUGUCGGCCUCUUAUCCUGAUCUGGAGCAGACCCUGGACCCCCGGGCCCUGAAGGUCUUACCAGGCCUUGACUCCCUCCAAGCUUUCGCUUUCUCCGGGCUCGCUUUCACCAGCAAGCCCCCCAGACACAGUCAGGCCUGCCAAGAUGCCCUGGUCAGUGGCCCAGCGUCCGGAACCUUCCAGUAUGGCCUCAGAUAUGAUGGGAGCCAGAUUCAUGCAGAGGGUCCUAAUGCUCAAAGAAAACUGCAGUAA